AUGGCAACAAUUACAAAUGUUGUUCUCAACCCUCCCAAUUUGGGGUUCCUCACUCCUAAGCCCCUCCAUCUGACAUUACUUCACCCCAAUUUGAAAACCAGAGUAAAGUUGCAAUCUUUAUCAAUAUCUAGAGCAACCCAUUUGAAGGUUUCACAAAAUUCACUCACACCCACUGAAGAAUCACGUUCUUCCUCACCACAACACGACUUGCUCAUUGUGGGUCCUGGUGUUCUUGGUCGCUUAGUGGCUCACAAAUGGCAACAGGAAAUUCCGGGUUGUCAAGUUUAUGGACAGACAAUGACUGUUGAUCAUCACAAUGAGUUGAUUCAAAUGGGUAUUAAUCCAUCUUUGAAAUGGACUGAAGAUACUCACAAGUUUCCAAAUGUCUUAUAUUGUGCUCCUCCAUCCCGGACCGCAGACUAUGCUGAUAAUGUUGAACGACAUCACCAAGAUUUCAACCCUAACACAUGGUUGUGUAUGCUAGCUGCAUUAAGCUGGAAUGGUGAAGGUUCUUUCGUAUUUACGUCAAGCAGUGCUCCAUAUGACUGCAAUGAUAACGGACCGUGUGAUGAGGAUACUCCAGCUGUGCCGAUUGGGAGAAGCCCCAGGGUCGACAUCCUUCUAAAAGCUGAAAACGUGGUACUGGAGUUUGGCGAAAGAGGUGCACACAACUAUUACCUAGAAAAGGGCAUUGUUGAUAGUCGUCCUGAUCACAUCCUGAAUCUUAUACAUUAUGAGGAUGCUGCCUCCCUCUUAGUUGAAAUCUUGAAGAAAAAAUUCCGCAAACAGAUUUUCUUGGGUUGUGAUAAUCAUCCUCUGUCUAGGCAAGAAAUGAUGGAUCUGGUUAAUAGAAGUAGUAAAUUCAGUAAAAAGUUUGAUAAGUUUAGUGUAACUGAUGGCCCUCUAGGAAAGAAAUUAAACAACACAAGAACUCGUCAGGAAGUUGGGUGGGAGCCUAAGUACCCUAGUUUUGCUGAUUUUCUCUCGAGCAUGUGA